CAAGGAGAAACUUUGCUAUGUCGCCCUGGACUUCGAACAGGAAAUGGCCACCGCCGCGGCCAGCACCUCUCUCGAGAAGAGCUACGAGUUGCCUGACGGACAGGUGAUCACCAUUGGUAACGAGAGGUUCCGUUGCCCCGAGGCCCUCUUCCAACCGUCCUUCUUGGGCAUGGAAUCCUGCGGUAUCCACGAGACCGUGUACAACUCCAUCAUGAAGUGCGACGUCGACAUCCGUAAGGAUCUGUACGCGAACACUGUACUCUCCGGCGGUACCACCAUGUACCCCGGUAUCGCUGACCGUAUGCAGAAAGAAAUCACUGCCCUCGCCCCGUCUACCAUCAAGAUCAAGAUCAUCGCUCCUCCCGAGAGGAAGUACUCCGUAUGGAUCGGCGGAUCUAUCCUGGCUUCGCUGUCCACCUUCCAGCAGAUGUGGAUCUCCAAGCAGGAAUACGACGAAUCAGGCCCCGGCAUUGUACACCGCAAGUGCUUCUAAGGUGUCACAACCGGGCUCAGGGAUUCACGAUUAUAUCACCUGCUUUCUUGUCUUUUUUUUUUCUAUUGGUGCUCGGUGUUCUUCGAGCUGCUAUCUCCCCGUCAAUGCUGGGGUACCGGGGUUACAGAGAAGAAGGAGAGAAGAAGGUAGAAUCGGGGGAAUGUGGUUUUGGGAAAUGGAAAUUACUGAAGUGCCUUUAUUCUACACAUUUAUCAGACUGUACUUUACUUUGUAGUUUAUACAACACGACUGUUUGUUAUUAACGUUAAUUAAUUUAUUGAUAAACUCCUCGGUCAUUUGCAACGAGCCCUUCUCGGUCCCGCAGGAACGUGUAUACGCAGACAUACGCAUACAUGUACACACUCUCACACACACGCAAAGGCUUUCUUGGUAUCGUACGCGCACUUAAUCUGGCAUUUGCGAUUCGCACAGGGUGGUAAUCGACGAGAGCGA